AUGAAUGAAGACGGAACAUUUGGACAAGAUUGUCCUUCUAUCCCAGGCCCACACAUUCCGGUUUUGUUCGAUGGAACGGCCCACUUGACUGAAACGGCAAGCACAGAAAGCCGGCCGAUCCUUACUCAAUCGAGCACGUCCGACCAGCCUGUUGAGAUUCAAACUCCAGGAGUAUCGGUUUCUGGUGUAGGUUCCGCUGAUGGAAAUAAAAGCUUUCCUGUUUAUGUCGAGUUCACUCUCUAUGUUCCUGGCGAGGAGGCGAGUAGGAGUCCCAAAAAAAGAAGAAAUAUAACUGUUCCUUCAAAGACCCCGAUUCCCGGUGGGACCACCGAUAAAAUCCAGUCGGAAAACGAGAAGAUUGUCAUCAUCUGGAAGGUCAUCAAUAAGGAUCUCGAUGCUUUUAAAGCUGAAGUAAUCAGGGGAAUCAAGAGCGAGGAGGACAAAUUUCUUGGUUUUUUUGUCGAACGUCAAGAGAAUGCCCGAAAUAUCUUCUGGAACGUCGUUAUCCCAUUUGGAGGAGCCUUUGCAGGUAACCACAAAAGACGACUUGACUCUGUGGAAACAUUCAAGGACUUCCUUCUCGUUGCCGAAGGGACCUCCGAGACCCGAAAGAUCGUUUGUCGCUUGGUACAAAAAGACCCAAAGGACAUUGCAAAGAAACAAUCAGUUUAUAAGCAACUUGAAAAGAACCAUUCCAGCUCUAGUGCUGAUGUGAACAAUCCAGUCUUGGUACCAUCACCGAGUGCGAUGAACACAGCGGCCCUCAGCCAGCUCUUGCAAGAAAUCUUCUUGGUACACUCACCCUCCGAAGAACAUUCUGGAAGCGCUGAGACCUCGGUCUAUAUCAAUCCAGAGAAUUCGGACGAAUACUUUCUAAUCACGAUGCAAAAAGCAUAUUCCUGGGCCAAGGCUAUUCAAGCAAAUCCUGAAGAGGUCACUGUCUUGUUGCCUCCAAAAUCACCAAUAUUCCAAUUCAAAAACAAAAACAACAAGUCCGAGCAACCAAACCCUCCGACCUUCCCAAACAACAGUCAGCCGCAACAGUUUUAUCCAAAUCCAAACCAGUUCACAAUGCCGAUGGCCUAUCAAACUCCAAUGAUGCCCUACGGAAAUUACUCUGGAGCUUUUGGUAACUCUCAUCAAGCAAACCCAUCAGCUUUUUAUCCGCAGGCUAGUACGUCAGCUGUACAAAUACCUCCAUCCAAAUCAAACGUCAUCGAUCCGUCUCCUCCCCCGUUUGAAGAUACCACCGAUCUCAGCGAUUACCUCAAGUUUGCCAGGGUUGAUGCAGACUCUGAAGAAAUCAACAAUGGUCUUCGCAAACUUGGUAUCACUCAUUGGAGUAUGUUCGAGGUUGUUUCAGCUGAUGAGCUUGUUACUUCAGGUGUUCCACUCGUUCCAGCUAGAUGCCUUAUUAGAUCGGUGAAAACCUACCCCACUCACUUGAAGAAGAUCAAGAAGGCAUGA